CACCGGACGCCUGUUUCCUUGUGCAAGCACGCUUACAGGAAGACUCAUCCUCCGUAUCUUGUGCGCUGUACUUGCACAUGACCUCAGCAGCAGAGCACUGUCGGUUGAACAAGGUGCCGCGGAUCUGUAAAGGCCACCUCCCCCACAGACAGGAAGAUGCUGCGAGUGUCGGGUCUGUUUCAGCUGCGCCCUCCAGCCCGCUCGACAUCCUUCGCUCACAACACCGGCCGGACCGGAGCGCCCGAGCCGCGUCCCUGCCGCUGUGAUCCUGGCUGCCUCUGUGCUCCUUAACAGACCCCCGCCGCUCCGGUUGAAAACUCGUUUCAGUCGUACAUCUCGAUACAGAAGUGUUUUCUUUUUGAGAAGGGGGGAAAGAUACAUAACUUCACAUUGUUACCCCGCAUCCGCUCUUCGCCUCCGGCAGCCUGUGCGGGCUACAGUUUUGGAACCGUCGCUCAAACGGUGUCUUCGUGUUCCUGCUCUGGAGGCAAUGACCAGUUGUGGAAUAUCUUAACGGAGUGAUAGUUUCACGGUUCAAUCCCAGGCCCAAGGAAGCACAGUGGGAGUGCAUGUUCUGCGCUAGACGAUAACCCAGCCCUUCAGGUGCCUGGAGCUGUCCCCUUUCCAUCCCCCUUUUCCGCGAGAAAGACUCCAGGCAGAGCAAGCAAACCAUGAACUCGAUCAAGUGCGUUUUAGUCGGCGACACGGCAGUAGGCAAGACCGCCCUGCUGGUGCGCUUCACCUCCGAGACCUUCCCGGACUGCUACACACCCACGGUGUACGAGAACACAGGCGUGGAAGUGUUCAUGGACGGCAUACAGAUCAGCCUGGGACUGUGGGACACCGCGGGCAGCGACACCUUCAAGAACAUCCGGCCCAUGUCCUACCAGCAGGCCGACGUGAUCCUGCUGUGCUACUCGGUGUCCAACCACACCUCCUUCGUCAACGUGCGCCACAAGUGGAUCAGCGAGGUGAGAGAAAACCUGCCGCGGACCCCGGUGCUGGUGGUGGCGACGCAGACGGACCAGCGGGAGAUGGGGCCCCACAGGGCCCACUGCAUCACCUCUGCUGAGGGGAAGAGGCUGGCCCACGACAUCCGAGCCAAGGGCUACCUGGAGUGCUCGGCCCUCAGCAACCGGGGGGUGCAGCAGGUGUUCGAGUGCGCGGUGCGGACCGCUGUCAACCAGACCAAAAAGCAAAACAGAAGGAGGUUCUUCGACGUGAACCAGUGCAAGAUAUUUUAACGACUUCCUUUCCGUUGCCAAUACCAAACCAGCCCCUUCAUGGGAGGGCUAUGUACCAGGUCACAGUGCCGAUCUGGGAAGUGCGGAGACUGGCUCACAGUAGCUGCCGCCCCAGGAACGACGGGCAGUGGAGUGACUUGCACGGAGGAAGAGGAAGCGCCCCGUUUCGCGUUUUACUUAACGAGAUAGCAGUCGUCACCCCGCCGAACGAGCCUGAUAAACUUCACACAGAUUUAAACACGAACGAAAAAAGUCCGACCGAAAAACGGAACUUUCUUUUUAUCGUUCCAUCAGUUUAAGUAGGCUCGUGCGUAGUGUGAAUUCCACGUCGCGGCGUCAGACGUUCGUCGAAAUUUGCAUUAGAAAUCUGACUUGUCCCGACUUGCUCUGAUUAAACUGCCUUUGUAUGACUUGGGGCAAUAUUGCUAGUGAGAAAAAUAACAGCACUACUGUGAUUACACAUACGUGUUUUAUGACAUUUAAAAGGAACAGUAAAUUAAUGGACUUGCAGCAAACAAAAAAAUAUUCUAUCUAUUUUUAUGAAUUGGAAAAUCAUUUUUUAUGUUCUCAUGCAGUAAACUGUGGUUCGCGAGGCAAUAUAUGUAAAAUAGACCACGGUCAUUAGACAGGUAAUUCAAGGUACUUUAUAAGAAUGUACAUUAAUUCACCAGCUGUAAUUCCAGAUAUUAUUGAUGUCUGUAACUGUAUAUGUAAAGGAGUCUCAUGCUUUGACUGUUUCCCUUCAGAAUAUCAUCAACGGUGUAUCCUUCAGAACGAGGACUGACUAUACGGAUGUGUAUCUUGUAGACUCGACACAUCCCUUCUUUCUUGUAUUGAGUUCUGUGGCCAUUGUCCCUGCACUAAUUUACACCUCCCAGCUAUUGUGUUUGACACCAUGAUAUUUAUCGUUAGCCUCAUAUCAGAACUAGGGAUAUUGUCUAAUAGAAUUUAACAUUGUAACAUUAACGUUCAAGAAGCUAAAAUGCUCGAAUGUGGUUCUUUGACUUUGAACUGGUGCUGUUUAAAAGACUUUUACGGAUUUCGGCUUUGGAUGGAGGACGUUUUUUAAGGACAUGUAAAUUAACCAGUGUCAAGGAAUAUGGAAUUUCUAGCACACUGAAAAAGGUGUUUUAAUAUUGAACAUUUAUCAGACUAAAUUUAUGUGAACAGUAUGGAACAUUCUGCGUUCCUCAUUUUCCAAGGUUAAAAUGUAGGGUUUAUAAGGCUUUAAAAGCAUUUCAGUCUGUUGUUGUUGUAGGCUUGGGUUGCCAGAUAGGUCAAUGAUAUGGGCAGCAGAGGCUUGCGUCAGCCAAAGAUGGAUUUUCAAACAUCUUCUUCAAGGCUGACAUUCAGCUCCGCUGUGUAUCUCGUGCACACAACGCAUACACAUGCUUGAUCUUUACAGAGGCUUUAAACCAUGGUUCUUCUUUGCUGUAAGAUAAAGAGUCUGUUCUGUCGCAGGUCAGUCAUGUCCUAGUUUUCAACACAUCAGCAAGAAAACACUUAAUGUCACAGAAGUAAAAUUAAACUAUAUUUAUGGUAGUAGCAGCUCUUUUUGUCUUUUUCACAUUAAAAAUCGACAAAAAUGUUGCUUGCUGUAUUUUUUUUAUAAGUGAGUUAGUUAAUGUAACUCUAACGUUACUGUGUACAGAUAUUUUUGUCAAAUUCUCAUAUUGUCACUAUUUAUGUGUGUAAAUCAGAACGAUUUGCUGUUAUAAUAUUUCCAAUAUGGUCUUGAAGGAUACCACAGCUCUGCUAUACUUCACCACAACAUCAUUUUGUAUAGAUCUGUUUUCUUUUUUCUUUUGUCAUACCGCAUGUUUCAGGUAAAAUCAUUAAACUGAUCUCAACAAAA